CAGAGGGGGGCCCCUCGCACAGUGCUGCAGCGCCUGCGGGCCAGGGACACGGCGCAACUGCCGGCUCCCUCCAGGGGCAGGAACAGCCCCCACCUAAAUCCCCCACUUACCUACAGCGCGUCUCCCGGACCUGCUCCCGGGCUGCAAAUAGCGCCCCCUCCCCCAUCAUCCUUUUGUGGGUUAAUGACAGAGAAAAUUACCAGGAAUCAAACCAAAACUUCCCAAUGAUUAAUUUCACGUUCACUGGCUAACAACUUUCCCAGAUGGAACUAGACACAUCAAUCAAUAGCACUUUUACUAAAAAGCCUCCUGAAGAUGCUGCAGAGAGUUGCAGAAAAAGAUUAUCUUUUCUAGAUUAUAUAAAUAUAUCAGAAGAUGACCACAAAUUAAGAGAGACCGUGAAAGUAAUUGCAGGAAAAGAAGAAACUGCAAAGGCUGUUUGGUUUCUUACCUUUGGCCUCUACUUGGUUAAAAGCUUUACUCAGCAACGCUUAAAUAUAGUAGGAGUGACCUACAACAGCAGGACUAGAAGACUGAUCCUUGUAGAUGGCAGAGGGUUGUUCAGCUUGGAUUUACUUGCUUCCAAGACUGUAGUUAAAAGGGAAAUGGAUUUUCACAAGUAUCAGUUCAACAUAGUGAGAUGCAUCACAUACUGUGAAAAAUUCAAUGUUUACUUUGUGUUGAGAAGAGACUAUUCACUUACGGUGUCUAAUAAGGAUUAUGAAGAGAUUUGCUCAGUAGAGAAUGUGGAGUCACAUUUCAUGACAUUUAUGGUAUUCAAUCCUGUGAGUGAUGAACUCAUUACUGGAGGAAUCAAAGGAGUAAAGAUUUGGAAGUUUAAAGAAACAGAAAAUACAGAUUACUCUGGUGCAGUUCACAUGUCCAAUUACAAACUUUUCCCCAGUGCAGAAUUCCCACACCUGAGGGAAAUGUGGUGUACAAAUUUGGAGUUGGAUAUCAGUAUGCAAAGACUCUAUUGCUUUUCUAAUUGCCACCUCUUCUGCUAUGAUACCAAAGGGAAUAUACUGUUUCAGCUAACCAACGCCCACCAAAGUACCAUUCUCUCCUGCGUCUAUUCAUCAUAUUCUAAUGCUUUGCUUACAUCCUCCAGAGACUCGGAAAUAAAAUCUUGGAAUGACCAGGGCUGUUUGCUGCAUGUGUUUCAUGGCCAUACCAAGUCUGUCACACAUGUCUUCCUUCACCCAAACACUUUGUCUUUAUUUAUCUCUGGAUCUUUGGAUGGGACAGUGAAACUCUGGUCCCUGGAUACAAUGGAGCUGUUUUACAGUUUAUCAUUGUUCACUGAAGGAAUUGUUUGGAUGGGCCUGACUGAAGAUAAAUUGAUAUACUGUUCUUCUGCCCAUAAUCUUCAUGUGUAUGACUUGAACCAUUUUACCAAAUUCUGGACUCGUGUCAGCAGUCAGAUUAAGGCUCUGUCUCUCUGUGGUGCCAAUGGCAAAUCCAGUAGGGUGGUAGCUAUGGGAUCUGACAACAGUUUAAGAAUUUUCUCUCUGCAUAAUGGGACAAAGUUAUGUACUGUGCUGCCGCCUCCCUAUCCCUCUCCGCUCCAGUCAGUUCUCAGCUUUGCCUAUAAUCGAACCAGUGGAACAAUUUAUUUCCUCCUGACUUCUUGGGAUAUAUGGGUCUACACAGCUAAAACUGAUCCUGCAUGUAGGGCAGCAGUAUGGACUAUUGAAGAAAUACACCAGCACCUAAACAGAAAACAUCCCUUAGCCUCCUGUACAGAGAAGAAUGAAUAUUUUCAACAUGCUCGAAAGGAGAGUGUAAGAGAUCCAGUGAAAUGUGAAUGCCUCUGCAGCCUGUCCUCUCCAAUAUGCUACUGGGUAGAUGACGGGCUGGUGUAUGCGGAUACCCAAGAAUUUCUGGUUCUUGGUAUGCAGGACGGAAGAAUCCUGUUUCUGCACACAUCCAUACAAAAUCUAGUAUAUUAUGAGUUGAAGGCCUAUAAAGAUCCUGUGAUUGGAUUAAAACAUGACAUAGAUCACCAUCAACUGAUAAACAUGUGCCAGGAAUCUGAAUACAAAUUGGUGCAGAUCCGGAGUUUACCUGCCUUGAAAUUGCUUCACCAAAUCAAUAUCCCAAAUGAAACUGUAGUUUUCACAAGGCUUAACAGUUCACUGUUUCUUGGCCUGCAUUCUGGAGCUGUGAAUCUCUUUGAUGUUCAUCAUGAAGGAGGCCCAAUGGAGUUUCUGAAGAAAAAUGAGAAAAAGUCAGGGGAAAAGGAAGAACCAGAUAUCACUCAGGAUUCUGAAAAUGAUCACAAGGGCCCUGUGGUAGCAGUGGAUGCCUGCAAGACCCUCUCUCUCUUUCUAAGCUGUGGUGCUGAUUACAUGGUGAAACUCUGGGAUAUUCAUAAAAAUUUGUUGGCCAACAUUCUGCUUGAUAGCACUCUCAGCUCUGCUUGUUUCCUGAACGAUUCUGGAGAUAUUUUAGUGGGUUUCAAAAAUAAUCUCUAUAUCUUGCCUCAUAGUAAGGCACUGGGUAUCUCAGUGACAGAUACAGAUAUUUCUGGAAUCUCAACAACAGAGUCUUUCAUUUAUGAAAACCAAGCUUUAAAUUACCAAAAGGAAGGAAAAACUGAUGUCUCCGAAGUCACUGACAUGGACUCUUAUCUGAUGCCUUACAUGGGAUUUAAUUUCACCAGUAACUUCACAGAAUUGCUGGUUUCACCAACAGGUGGAGAAAAGCUGCCCUGGAAGUUGCCGUUGGCCCCUUCACAGAUUUAUUGUUCUCCGAGUAUCUCAGCGACUUCACUGAAGAUAUUUGACUUUCUAUUCCAACCUGGACCCCUCAAGAUAGAUGAGCAAGAUAAGGCAGAAUUGUCUGAAAGAAUGAUCCUGACUGAUGAUAUGAAAUACUUGCUUGGCCCCAGAACUACACGAGAUGUGGAUUUGGAAAUUCCUGAGUUUGGAAUCUCCCCCUGUUCCUCUCCUCACAGUGUAUGUUCAGAGGCCCACCUUGAGGAAAAGGUUAGUGAAGCUGAGAGUGAAUCCCCUGACACAGAAUUAUUACAGCAUAUCCCAAGCACUGAACAGCACCAAAUCAGAGAAGAAUCAGACCAGGCAAGAACAUACCUUCAAACGGAGGGAGAUUUCUGUUUGGACAAAACUCAGGCCUUACAGAUAAAGCAGGAAACAGGUUCUAAAAAAAAGAAGAAAAAAGCUUCAAAGAAAGACAGCUUACCAUUCAGCAAAGAAAAGAAGGCCUUGAUGGCUAGAGACCUCAAGACUGUCUCCCCGGCCCAUUCGACUAUUCCUAUAGGAAAGAAAAUGAUUCCUACUCUUCCACCUGAGGCGGUGGCGCCAGCUGAGAAAAGGACCUUUCUGAAGAAGCAAACUUAUCAACCAAAAGAUGGUAGCAAUGUGACCUGGAGUGAUAAAGCCCUAGUGAGAUUGGAGACUUGGAGAAGAAAAGAAAAUGAAAGGACUGAACAUGCAAGAAAGAAGCGAGCAAUACUUGAGCUUCAGAAACUGCAGCAUCUCCAGUUUCCAACAAGUCACUGGUGCUGUACUCAACCAAUCACUUCCCAGCAAUAUCCAAAUAUGCAGAUUUCUGAAAACCAAUCUGAGAUGGAGUUUGCUGCUUGGAUGCAGCCUCACAGGAAGUCUCAGGUCCUUUCCUAUCCCAGCACUGUGAUGGAGGAGGCCCCCAUCAACUUUUCCAGGGAGUUUCCUUACAGACUAGCCUGGGGACCUGUGACCACCCAUGACCCAGAUUCAAAACUCCGUUACCCAAGGAUGAAGCUGGACACGUGUAAAGACGGCAAAGCAAGCAGCCUCCUUGUAGAGCGAAAACUACAACCAACAAGAUCAAUCCCUAGCAAGGGGAGGCACAUCUUGGUGAAUCCUGAGACUCCUUCAAUUUCCUCUACUCUGCCUAUAAGCAGCCCACUGGAGGACAGGUUGCUGAGUGUCCGAUUCCCUCCCAAAAAAGAAAGGAAACUUCAAACUCUGCCCCACUCUGUGUGCAGGCAGUCUCAGCGUCCUGCAGCAAUGCGACACACUCUGGCUUUAUAAAGGCAUUUCGGGGGGUGGCUAACAACACAACAAGACCGCUUUUCUAAUCCUGCAGAUCACAUUCUGCAAUGUAUUUUUACAAGCUAUAUUGUCUAUUUUUUCCUUAAUCUUGUAUUAAUACUCCAUAGUUGAUACUUGUUAGCAUCAAAGUGAAUAUUCAAUAAGCAACUAUAGCCAAAGGGGUUAGUGUUUCCUAGCUGUUAAUUACCGGGUAGGCUGAGAUCUAGGAAGUGGGGUUGUGGACAACUUUUAUGUCAAAACCCAUCUUUUCUAUUUUCAUUACCAGAGCAAAGCUCUCAGGAGAGUGUGCUGGCCUCUAGACCAUUUCAUGUGAACCUGGGAUUGUGCUGGGCCUCCCAAUAAACUGCACACCUGUAGCCAUUUUAAUAUAAAAUUGGGCCUUUAUUCCCCCAGCAAAAGGUCUUUGAGGAGGAGCUAGAUGAUCCUCUCUUCCCACCAGACGUCAUCUGAGGAGCCGGCAAGCAGGCUUGCUGUGCUUCCCAAUACAAGAAUGGUUUUUGAAGGAGGCCCGGUAGCUACACACUACCUGCCAUCUGAGACCUGAGGUGACUCAGUAGGGCCAGAACUCAUUGACAGGGUUUGCCUCCAUCUCAAGAUCGUGGGAUGGGGAGUGUGGCCUAGAACCCAUCACAUGGAAACUCCUCAAAGCCGGUAAAAUCCUUUAGGUCUUGCCCUCUCCUUGAAGACAUCUGAACUAAACAUUUCAGUGUGGAGAGCCAGGGAAACCAACGCCAAGCGCUACAAACCAGAUAAACUGAAAUUCUCCCCCAACUCCAGAUUCAUUUCAGUGAACAAAACCCAAGAGGUUUUAUGCAGUCCUGCUUGAGAACUCAAGCUCUCUAUCCAACCACUCAUAAAUAGCCAGAAACUACCCAAGUCAGAUUUCAUAUCACCCCAGUAAACUGUAACAGUAAUAAACGAAGAAAACAGAAAAUAUCAAAGGUUUCACUCUGGUUUUGUCUAUAUCCUCCUUUUCAUGCCAGCAAAUUAUUCUAAUGAACAGACAAGCAGGAUUGGUUCUCAUCAUUAGGCUAAGCUAACAAUGUUAUAUUGUUACUCUUCAAGAGUCCUGCUAAAUCAAGGCUCCUGCAAAAAGGUAUUACAGGUUCAACUAUUUCUGUCUGUUCCCAUCUAUUCUACUAUGUUGUGGAUUCCAAUUACAACACUGUA